UCUUGCAACAUUUAUUGCUUGCCCUCCCACACACCAGUUAGAAGUCGGCGCUUGUUCCCGCGGACCUCAAGGCUUUAUUUAGUAGGCUUUCACAGGACCAUUUGGGAAUUUGCAGAAAAUGCAAACUUCCAGCGAUUCGGAGUUCAAACAUCCAAGGAAGGGCACUUUGACAAUCUUCCUCCAAGUCACAGGGUAUGCCGCCAAGCGCAGCAUGGAGUGUGGAAAGCAGACCUAUUAAACGUGGGGGUUAAGAACAUCCCAGGGGGACGUACACAGUUUCACGCGCACUGUCACGUGCGUUUUCCGCGGAAAUCCCAGCCCAAGUUGCGCCUCCCCAUCCCGCACCUCAGACCCAGCGCGCCGUCGGCGCUGAGCCCUAGCCCGGGCAAAUCCAGCGAUCGCCACCAACCGCACAUUCGACAGCCACCGAAGCAGCCAUCAUGUAGCUCGUCUUCGUCCAGGAAAUUGGAAGAACGAAAACAUCACUCUCUAGGGAGACGAUACUCAAAAUACAGAGAUUUUUUUACUUCUUCAAAUGAAAACAGACGCGGACAGAGCGCCCUGACGAAUCUGCUUCUUUCAACGCCAAAGGCGCGGCGCGGCGCGGCCCAAGGGCUCUUCGGUUGUUUCGCGCAGAGCGCCGGUUUCCGCCCGGAAGACAGCGCGCGCCCGGCAGAGAACAUGAACGACUGGGUGCCCAUCGCCAAGGAAUAUGAUCCACUUAAAGCUGGCAGCAUCGAUGGCACUGAUGAAGACCCACAUGAUCGAGCGGUCUGGAGGGCUAUGUUGGCAAGAUACGCCCCCAACAAAGGGGUCACGGGGGACCCCCUCCUCACCCUGUUUGUGGCCAGAUUAAAUUUGCAGACCAAGGAGGAGAAGUUGAAGGAGGUGUUCUCCCGCUACGGGGACAUCCGGAGGCUGCGCCUGGUGAGGGACUUGGUGACAGGCUUUUCAAAGGGCUACGCCUUCAUCGAAUACAAAGAGGAGCGUUCUCUGCUGCGCGCUUACCGUGAUGCAGAUGGCCUGGUGAUCGACCAGCAUGAGAUAUUUGUGGACUAUGAGCUGGAAAGGACUCUCAAAGGGUGGAUCCCCCGGCGACUUGGAGGAGGUUUGGGGGGGAAGAAGGAAUCGGGGCAGCUGAGAUUUGGGGGGCGGGAUCGGCCUUUUCGAAAACCCAUUAAUUUGCCAAUUGUUAAAAAUGACCAGUAUAGAGAGGGGAAAAGGGAACGGAGGGAGCGGUCUCGAUCCCGGGAGAGACAUUGGGAUUCGAGGGUGCGGGAUAGAGACCAUGACAGGGGCCGGGAGAAGAGAUGGCAAGAGAGAGAACCUGCCAGAGUGUGGCCUGAAAAUGACUGGGAGAGAGAGAGGGACUUCAGAGAUGACAGGGUCAAGGGGAGGGAGAAGAGGGACAGGAGUAAGUAGUGGCCCAGUAGCAGCACUGGGCUUGAGAGAAGACUGCUCAGGUAAAGGCCUCGCUUUGAUACAGAGGAUGCACCCCUGCUUGAGCAUGGCUUCCUGAUGCUGUGGGGGUGUGGAGUACAUUUUCUCUCCAUUCUGUGACCCAGAUUCAAGUGAACAUGCUGACACUGGGAGUUAGUACUCUUCAAGGUCACGUUCUUUAGUAAGCUUGAGAAACCACCUUGUCUCACCAGUGUCUGAGCAGAAAGGUGUGUGUUUGACCUCAUCCCUCUGGUUUGCUUGGGUACUGGAUGUUCAGAACUUUACUGCCAGGGGCUCUGAAUAGAUACCACUGUAUUCACAUUGUUUAAAAGUGACUUCUUGCAUUUUUGUUUUAUCAAGGGCUUUGUCUCUGAAAGUGCAAGUUCUUAAAAUUCAGAAUGUUUCAUACAAAAUAAAUGUCUGAUUUUGUU